AUGAAGACGCUGCAGCUGCUGGGUGUCACCGCCAUCUGUCUCUUUGUGUUUGCUGCCGCUGAUGCACAGUCCAACCUGCAGGGAGACGAAACCCUCCCAGAGAAGGAUGGAGUUUUACAGCUGGAAAAGAGGAAUUUUGACAAGGCACUCAGAAAGCACAAGCAGCUGCUGGUGCACUUCUAUGCUCCUCUGACUGGAGAAGCUCAACGAGUGUCGGCCGCGUUUGAAGGUGCGGCUGAAAAGCUUCAGGGAUCAGAGGUCAAACUGGCGGUGGUUGAUGUGACAAGCCAGAAGGACUUGACUAAAGAGCUCAAUGCGACAGGCCACCCCACGAUCAGACUUUACCUCUCUGGAGAUAAAUACAACCCUGUAGCCUGCCCUGUUCCUCGGAGCUCUGCUUCUAUCUUGACCUGGCUGAAAAGGAGGGCGGGAUCAGCAGCUGACCUCAUCACUGAUCUCAGUCAAUUAGAGGCCUCAGAGGAGCUAACAGUGGUUGGAUUCUUUAAGGAUCUGAACCAUGAGUAUGUCCAGGUGUUCUAUGCAGCGUCAGUUGACCUUCCUGACAUCAAAUUUGCUGUAACUCAAGAUGAUGAAGUCACUGACAAAUAUGGUCCCACACAUGAUGUCGUUCUGUUACUCAGAGAGUCUGAGCUCAUUCAAACUUACAAAAUGACGCCUCAGACAUCAAAAGAAGAGCUGACAAUCUUCAUCUCUGUCUACAAACUGGACCCGGUCACUGAGUACAAUGGAAAGACAGCCUCUGAGAUUUUAAGCUCACCUGUGUUAAAUCAUGCCCUCCUCUUUGUGAACAAAAGUUCUGCAGACUUUAAAGAGAUUUUCUCUGCUUUCAGCAAUGCUGCUGAUUCAUUCAGGCUGAAGAUUUUGUUUGUGUUGGUAAAUGUGGAUGAACCUCGUAAUGGCAGACUCAUGGAGUACUUCCGAGUUCGGGACUUUGAGGCUCCUCUCAUCCGACUGGUCAACCUGACAGAUCAUGUAACCUACCACCUGCCGUCUGACACCCUCAAUGUAGAAAACAUAAAACAGUUCUGCCACUCUUACCUAGAGGGCAAAGCAAAGCCCAAGUUGCAGAGUGAGCCAACACCUGAAGGAUGGGACCAAAGGCCUGUGAAAGAGCUGGUGGGAUUUACUUUUGAAAAGGUUGCAUUUAACCCCAACAAGACUGUUUUUGUACUUUUCUAUCUCCCCUAUAGUCAAAAGUCCCGUGCUGUGUUUCCACUCUGGGAAGAACUGGCCGAGGCAUUCAAGGAGCAGCAGGAUGUGGUUAUCGCUCGGAUUGAUGCCUCAGCCAAUGACAUCAACAUGUCCAUGCAGGGAGCAUACCCAUCACUCUGCCUGUUUCCUGCUCUGUAUGCUGAGAGGAUGGUGGUUUACACUGGAAAAAGGAAAUUGAAGAACCUGAUUAAGUUCGUAGAAAAAGAGAUGGAAAAAGCCAAAAAAUACAGAGUUAUGGAGGAUGAAGACAGGAGGAAGUAUACUGAGGCUCUGAAAGCAGAGGAAGCAAAAAAGGACAAAGAAACCAAAGAUGAGCUUUGAUAUGAGAACAAACCCCAUUGUGUUUUUCUCUGUGUUGUAUCUUUUAUUCUUUACCUUUAUUAACACAGAUCUAGUUGUAUCUGCUCAACUAAGAUGUAUGUAAUUAUCCAAUCAAACCAAUAAAU